AUAAAGUAAUAAUAAUUACGAUUGAUAUGUUAACGCUAUAAAUUUAAGAUUAGCAUUUUAAAUAUAACGGUGUUAAAAUUUGCUGUUUAUUAAUUAGAAAUGACGAGUCCAAAUAUAUCUUUGUUGAUAUGGUGUGAUGGCCGUAUUGUGAGUUCUCCGUGUGGAAUAGAAUACCACGGGGGUCGUCCGGUUAAUAUGGCGCUUAGCGAGAGAAUGAGUUUCGAGGAAUUACAAAAUAUUUGUAGAAGAGCAGUUUCUACCGACGGGGAAGUAGAAAUUUCAAAAAUCUACUUCCGGCUUCCAAGAAUAGUUGAGGGUGCGAUACGGUCGUACUCGUUGUUUUCUGUGGAGAAUAACGAGCAUGUGUUUGGAAUUCUGAACGAGGUCGUGCGGUAUCCGCAACUCGAGAUUUUGGAAUUGUACGUGGAAUACGAGGCCGUGGUUCGCAACAAGACUUUACUAGAUCAGUUGGUCUUAGGUGAUUCAAGCGGGUCUGAGAGGGGUAGUGGUGAAGAGGAAGAAGAGGAAGAAGAGGAUUUCUACGACAGUAACGAAGAGGAUGUCGAGGAAGACUUAGGAGCAGAUUCACAAUAUGAGUCGCAACUUCCUGAGCAUGUAAGAACGGCGGAUCUUUGCGACUUUGACGUCGCCCCGGAGGAUGAUGAAAAGAUUAUGUGGGAUCCUGGGAUGGAAUUCCGAGUAGGGAUGGUAUUCCCAAAUCGCGAUGCCGUCCGAGCUUGUGCGACUACUUAUUCGGUCGGGGUGGGAAGAGAGUUCAAGGGUCGCCGGACUACCAACUCGACAAUAGUGUUGGCUUGCAGGCAGAACCCUGUAUGUAAAUGGUGGCUGCGCGCUACACUUAUGCAAGCAACUCAGACGUGGACGUUGACAAAAUAUAUUGGCCCGCACACGUGCAAUCAGCUGUUACCUGAUCCAAACCAUCGGAAUUUUGGGUCUGUUGCAAUCGCAGACUAUAUCAAGGGUCAAGUAAAGCUGCAACGUGAUAUACGGAUCGAUACCCUCAGAGCUGGAAUUUGGCAACAAGUUGGAGUUAGGCCUCCGUAUAAACGAACCUGGAAUGCAAAGGAAAAGGCAAUAGCUGAUGUUUACGGUGGCUGGUAUGAAUCAUUUGGUAUGGUUCACAAGUUCAUGAACGAGAUGAUGCAUGUCAACCCUGGAUCUUUCUGGGAUGCAGAAGGCGCUGAGGUGUACACCGACGGGAUCCUUCAGCCGAAAGUCGUAACGUUCAUCCGAAUGUUCUGGACUUUCAAACCGACAAUUGAAGGGUUUCGUUUUUGCAAGCCAGUUUUGUUCGUCGACGGUACUCAUUUGUAUGGCAAAUACAAAAUGACCUUGUUGAUCGCGUCGGCAAUCGAUGGGAACAGUCACAUCAUGCCACUGGCAUUUGCACUUGUUGAAUCUGAAAGUACUGCCAGUUAUGAGUACUUUUUUGAACAUUUGCGUGAGCACGUGAUUUGCGAAAGGAAGGUGGCCAUUAUAUCUGAUCGGCACGCUGGAAUAUUGUCGGUUCUGAAGCGUCCUGAAUGGGCCGGUGUCGCAGUUCUCAAUUAG